ACUAUAGUAGAGCUCUAACUAAUGAAAUAGUGAAAUAGCCGGUCGACGGUCGACUACCGACUCUACCGUGUGUGCUACCGUGUACUUAUUAGUUAUUAGUGUGAUUCGUGGUGCAAAUACUUUAUAUUCAGUAAAUAAAUAUGUCGGAAUCGGAAACUCCAACUACUACCGAUACUACGACAAAACAUGAGUCCCACGGUAGGAAGAGAGUGCGGCAUCGUAAAAAACUUUUGUAUGAUAAAAUACUCAAGCAAAUGGAGUUCUAUUUCAGUGAUGCAAAUCUCACAAAAGAUAGAUUUCUCGGUGAAUUAAUUAAAACCGACCCAUAUGUGCCUAUAGAAGUCUUUCUAAAGUUCAAUAAGAUUCGCGCCAUAACGCAGGACGUUAUUGAUAUCGCAAAAGCUAUGAAGUUUUCCACAAUUUUGGAGUUAUCAGAGGAUAGGCAGAAGAUAAGAAGAAAAACUCCAGUUGAACUAUAUGACGCAGAAUCCAGGACUGUGUAUGUGGAGUCUAUACCGGUGACCGCCAACCGGGAGUGGCUUGAGAAGGUGUUCUCGGAUUAUGGGCAUAUUGCAUACAUUUCAUUACCCAAGUUCAAAAACUCGCAGAGAAUAAAGGGUUAUGCCUUUAUAGAAUUUGAUAAAACUGAGGAUGCACAUAAUUGCAUAGUGGCAUUCACCAAGAUGGGUUGCAGACUUCCCACGAGCAUGCCACCCGAGGAACUCUCUUCUGUUAAAAUGUUUUCAGUUGAGGAGCCAGAUGAUGUUAAGGUAAAAGAAGAGGUAGACAUAAAGGGAGGAAAGCCAGAUAAGAUAAAAGAAGAGACAGACAUCAAGAAAGAAAAUCCUGAUAAUCCUGUAAAAGAAGAAACUGGCAUUAUGGUGAAAGAACAAGAUAUCAAGGCUAAAGAAGAGGAUGAACCACCUAGGAAAAGAUCAAGGAAAAGUAAAGAUAAAAGGCCCAAAAAUUUAGAACUAAGGCCAGGGCAAGACUCGGAUUCUGAGAAAAGGGAUACUCCUAGUGAUGAGUGCAAAAGUAUAACAACACCAAUAGAUGAUGUGUGCAUAAAAGAAAAACCUAAAGACGAAUUAACUAGCCACGAUGAAUCUAAGGAUGAUGCAGAUUCACCAACUAAGAAGAAAAACAAAAAGUCAGCCAAAAUUAAAAGCAAAACUCCAAACGGCUUAAAUACAAAAGAAGCUCCAAAAGGAGCCCUGUGGGGCCUCCAAGUUUUGCCGAGAUCAGAAUGGAAAGCAUUAAGGAAUAAGUAUUUAACCCUGCAAAGGAAUUAUAUGAAACAAGUGAAGUUCAAUUUGUAUAAUAGGAAGAAUUCCUAUUCAGCUAUACCCGAGCCUGCAACACUUCCAAUGGAAGCUGACACAGCUUUAAAUCCCGGAAAAAUUAUCAGCAGUAAGAAUGUGACACCCCUGGAGAGAAUCACAGGUGUCUUUGUCAGAGAGGUGCUGCCAGAACCAUGCUGCGAUAUCAGGCACACCAAACGAACGGUGCGAAGCAAUAUCCAUGCCCUGCAUGUGGAUGCAAAAGAGGGUCAGUCGGAGAUAAUCAUACGCUUUGAUUCAGCAAAAGCAGCGGACGAAUACUGCGCCAACUCCAGCAACCGCGCCAGCAUUCUGUCGGGCUUGGAGGAGGAGGAGCAGUGGGCGCGCGCGGAGGCGGGGCGGGCGGGGACGCGGCCGCGCGGCCGCGAGCGCCUGCGCGCGCGCCUGCAGCGCUGCGGCGCAGCACCCCCGCCCCCGGGCCCUCCCGAGCCCGCCUCCCCGCAGCCCACGCACACGCACAUCAGAUUCGACGACGAGUAGACACGCUGUUAGUACUGGCGAAACGAUUUUGUCAAUGGUAAAAGGCGACAAAUUUGAAUAAAGUAAGCGCGAAGGAUCGAUCGCCCUUGCAAAUUUUGUACUUCUCACCUUUGUCUUCUGACAAAUCGGUUUGGCGGCCUAUAUUUACAUAGUCUGGCGUAUCAAAAACCCACGGAUUAUGAAUGGUCACAUCUAUUGGGAACACAAAAAUGGUUUGGUUUAAAGGUGCGUUCAGAAACUUAAGCUUUUUUUCUGUUGAAUCUGUGAGCUGUCCAAUGCUUAUGCAUAUAUAUGCAUUUAAGGGUUAAGAUUGGCAUAUUUAUCCAUUUAUCCUCGUCUGUCAGUGGAAAAGCGCGAAAUUGAAAAUCUGUUUGGAAGAUUGACCCUUAGAGCCAAAAUUUUACAAAUUUGCCGCCUUCUACUGAAGUUGUGUACCGGGUACUCGGCCAACUGAAAUAACUUGUUGGUAAUUGUAGAACAGAUUGCAGCAAAGCGGUUUUACUCUUCAAGCAACACCGGCUUCACAACACGCACCGCCAGGCACAGUUAUGCCUAUGCAUACGAAUGCCGACGCCCUUCCUGGUGUUGCUCGAAGGUUUUACUAGAAUACCCAAAAGUGUCACCACUAUUGUUAAACGAAUAUAACUUAUGGUAUAAAUCUUCUCAAAUGAUUUUUACGUCUAAGAAAGACCCUAAUCUGUUACACAAAAGCCAUUGUUUCUUUUCUGCGGGCGGUCGGCUAUUGUGUGCCAUUCUCUCUGA